AUGUCUGACUCGCCCAUCGUCAACGAGUUCAACCAGGGUCCCAUCUCCUGCCACGCCUUCAAUGGCGACCGCACCGAGCUGGCUAUCUGCUUCAACACAAACGUGGUCAGCAUCUUCCGCAAGUCCGGCGCAAGCUGGACACAGACUUCGACCCUGGUCGAGCACGACAAGCCCGUGACCUCUAUCGACUGGGCCCCCAAGUCCAACCGCAUCGUUACCUGCUCCCAGGACAGAAACGCCUAUGUCUGGACCCUCGACGGCGCUUCUCACCAGUGGAAGCCCACUUUGGUUCUCUUGCGUAUUAACCGUGCUGCGACCUUUGUUCGCUGGUCGCCUGAGGAGGACAAGUUUGCGGUCGCUUCGGGAUCGCGCUGUAUUAGUGUCUGCUACUUUGAGGAGGAUAACGAUUGGUGGGUUGGUAAGCAUAUCAAGAAGCCUAUCCGCAGUACUGUCCUCUCCAUCGACUGGCACCCCAACAACGUCCUCCUCGCCGCCGGAUGUGCCGACAUGAAGGCUCGCGUCUUCUCGGCUUUCAUCAAGGGCAUCGACAAGAAGCCAGCUCCUUCGCCUUGGGGUGAGAAGCUUCCUUUCAAUACCCUGUGCGGCGAGUUCUCGAACGGUGCGGGAGGAUGGAUUCACGGCGUGGCCUUCUCGCCCAGCGGCGAGUCUCUCGUCUUUACGGGCCACGAUUCGACCAUCACUGUUGUCUCUCCCGGGACUGGAGAUAUUCAGUCGAUCCGUGCGCCUUACCUUCCUUACCUGUCUGUUAUCUGGUUGAACGAGAACCAGAUCGUUGCUGCCGGACAUGAUUGUGCCCCCCACCUCUUUGAGCUCAAGGGCCAGCAGUGGGCGUUCUCGGCGUCGUUGGAUGCUGCGGUGAAGAAGGCAGAUGUGGGAUUCACAGCCAGGGACACCUUCCGUCGCAUGGACAGCCGUGCCCAGUCCACCACCUCGACCGACACCGAGGUCCACACCCACCACCAGAACACCAUCAACUCGAUCCGUUCCUUCUCGGGCACCCCUGAACACGUUGAGCAGUUCUCGACCUCUGCUAUUGAUGGCAAGCUUAUCAUCUGGAAUGCUGACAGCAUCUCCCGUGGACUUGGCAACUUGCACCUCUAA